GACGUUCUGGUGCCAAUCGAUGAUGAUCCUAAGAUCCUCGAAAGGCACCAGAUACAACCCCUUUCACAAUGUCUUGCUGAGGAAAAGCAUAUGCCUCUUGUGAAAGAAGCUCUGGCAAGCGUUGAAGCUGGAAAGGCGAGUGCAACUCCUGGUGGUGUUAUCGCGAACAGUCUUCGUGCAGGCAGUUGGUGGCUGAAGCGACAAAAAUCAUCAACAGCGCCCAGGAGGGUAAUGCUUGGAAGGAUAGGCCAGGAUGCUGCUGGAAAGAGGCUCCAGAAAGAAAUUUCAGCAUCUCAAGUGGAGCCAAUGUUCGAUGAAGCGAGGUGUGCAGCUGACAAUGAUGCUGAGUCGACUACUGGCACCUGCUGCUGCUUUUUGGCUGAGAAGGCCCGAACGAUGUUGACACAUCUGGGUGCAAGCAAGACACUCCACUUGCGUGGAACGUCAGAAUGCAAAUCCUUUGAUUCGAGAAUGAAUUUGUUGCAGGCUUCCCUUGCUGGUGUGCAGCCUUGCGUGGUCCUGGUUUCCGGGUUUUACGCGCAAGCAGAUCCAGAAGGAGUUGCAGCGAUUCGAUCUUGGUGCUCUACACACCAUACCACAAAAAUUGGAGGCCACAUCAUUCCGGCCCUGGCUAUGACUGUCGGGGCAGAAUGGUGCACUGAGCUGGAGCCUGUGCAGGCGACAGCUCGUGCAGCAGACUUUACAUUUGCAAACGAAGCUGAAGUUCUGCAUUUGGCAUCGACGAUUUGCAAAGCAGCUCGUCAAUCUGCGCCAUCAGACUAUGAUGCUGCUAUGCUUGUCAUUGCAAGAUGGAAAGAGCGCGGAUGGAUGAUUGGAACUCGUGGCAGCAGAGGUGUGGGCUAUAUCGGUGUGGCUGAUUCGCAGGUCCGAUCCCUUCCAGUGCCACCUGUGCCACCUGAGGAGUUCAAGGAUGACGUGGGGGCCGGCGACGCUUUCAUGGGCGGAUUCAUAGAGUCAAUUUGGCAAGCGCUGCACGUGCUGGCACAGGAAGCAGGGAGCCCUUCUCCCUCGGCUCCAGAAGGGCGAAAACGGAAGCUAGAGGACACUCCUCUUGUGGAUGACCUCAAAGAUGCAGACAUACAGGAUGCGGUUAGAUCUGGCAUUACAGCUGCCGCGGCCUGUAUCAGGUGCUCUGGGUGCCAAUUUCCCAGCUGA